UGACGGGAAGUGGGUGGUCCUACCACAGAGUCGCUUGCACGGACAUGACACAAAUAACAGGUACAAUUCUCGUUUUGACGUAAGUUAGGUUUAAGCCUUAAAGAUAUGAGGUAUUGAUCCAACAGCGGUUAUACGGGGAACCACACUGAGCCCAGUUAGUUUGUCAUCAUCAUGGUGUCUGCGAGAGUUCUCCAGCUGCUGGUGUUAGCUUGCCUUGUCUAUGCUCUACCUGCAAGAGGUGAUGAGAGCCAUUUGGUGAUAGCCCCACAGUCUCCAGUGCUAGAGAUUGGGACUAACUUCACGGCUACAUGCAUGAUCAUCAAUACAGCUGAAGUCACAGCAGAUGACCUUUACUGGAAUCUGUCUAAGACUACUGUACCCAGAGAACAGUACACUAAGAUCAACGGAUCAGCUCUCAGUGUCACUGUCCCCAUCAUCGAUGAAAAACCUGUAUGGUUAUUUUGCCUCUGCAAGAAAGUGUCAUCCUAUUUUUUCCUGAAUGAAGGCAAAUUUAUCCAUGGGAUCUACCUUACAAAAGGCUAUCAACCAGGGAAGCCCGAGAAUCUGUCCUGUGUGGCUCUUCAAGAAAAACAGUACAUUUCUACAACCUUCAGCUGUAAGUGGGAAGCAUCAGGACGUCAGACCCCAGAAGUCCCUACAACAUACACACUGAAUGUUGCAGUCAUCCCGAGUUCUCGGACCUAUAAUGUGUCAACACCUAAAAACAGUGCCCAGGUGGAGUUUGAGGACAGUUUCCCCAAUCAUAUGACGCUGGAGGUCUGGGUAGAGGCACACAAUAAACUGGGAAAAAUACAGUCUGAGCAUCUGAAAGAAGAUGCUGGCUGGUUUGUGAAAACAAACCCUCCAUCAGACGUCGAAAUCAUUUCAGAGAAGGGUUUUUCCACCUCCCUUCUGACAAACUGGAGUCAUCCUAUUCCUAAAGUAUAUGUGAAAUUAAUAUAUCAAAUAAGAUAUUGCCCCAAUGGAUCUCAAAAUUGGACUUAUGUACCUCUUUCGGACACUGCCACAGACAUACAGUCCUUCAGACUCCAGAACCUUCAGCCAGACACAGUAUAUGUCACUCAGGUGCGCUGCAAAAAUGAGAAAAAGGGCCAUGUUUACUGGAGCAACUGGAGUAGCAACGCUACCAGAAGAACACCAGAGGACCGACCAACAAGUAAACCGGAUUUAUGGAGAAUCAUUACUGAGGUUGCCAGCAUAAAUGAACGACAUGUGCAGUUUAUUUGUAAGGAUCCUGUGUCUGCCAAUGGGAGGAUAAGAAGAUUUGACAUACAGAUUCAAGACCAACCAGCUAAAGUCAAGAAUGGAAGUUCAGAGUGGGAGAGCAUCCCAGUCAACAGGUCAGACAGCAGCCCCAGCCAGCGGGAGAUCACUGUCCUGAAACAGAUUGAACUGGCUGACAAGAAAUCUGUUAAAGUGUCCGUCAUGGCUGUCAAUUCUAUGGGAAAAUCUCCAGAGGCAUCGUUGGUCAUCUCAGAAAAAGCACGAGAGUUCGCCCCAGUUGAAGAGCUGAAGGUGUGGCCCAGCGGGGGCCAGCUAUGGCUGGAAUGGAAACCCCCUAACCGCAUGCUUCCGUCAGAGUAUGUGGUGGAGUGGGUCAGUGAUGACGGGAGAGACUGGCAGAGGGAACACAGAAACACCAGACUCACCACCAUUAAAGGCAACCUGGAGAAGUUUGUUUGCUACAAUGUGUCUGUGUAUCCAAUAUACUCUGGAUGCACUGGGAAGCCAGCAAGCCUAGAAACCUUUUUGGAGCAAGGAGCUCCGCGGGCAGCCCCAGCUAUUCAAGUGAACGGUAAACCAGGACGGAACGAGGCAGAGCUGGUAUGGAAGCACAUUCCCCGACGUGAACAACAAGGCUUCAUCACAAACUACACCAUAUUCCUUACAACUGGAAGUGAAAUGCAUCAGAUAACAGUGCCAGCUAACACCACCUCAUACACUGUGAGGUCACUGUCAGGCAACACAAAGUAUGACGCUUGGCUCAGGGCUUCAACCAUCCAAGGCUCAGCCAAUGGCACUAAUCACUCAUUCACCACUCUGAAAUAUGCGCCAGGAGAGAUGGAGAGCAUUGUGGUGGGAGUCAGCCUUGGCUUCAUGUUCAUUGUUGUCACGACCAUGCUGCUCUGUGUCUACAAAAAAGAUGUGAUCAAGGAGAAUUUUUGGCCUCGGAUUCCAGAUCCUGGGGAGAGCACCAUUGGAAACUGGUCUCCUGAUUAUCCUUUGAAAGCAGAGACACCAAAGGAAAACUGUGUGUCUGGCAUCAGUGUUCUUGACGUGGAUGUGUGUGAUGGAAAGUGUGUGUUUGAGGAGGACAAGGCCAGUCUGCCUUUGAAGAAAGACAAGUAUCUGUCUGAGGAGCACAGCAGCGGUAUCGGUGGCUCCUCCUGCAUGUCCUCACCACGCCAGAGUGUGUCCGACAGCGACGAAGGCGGCGACAUGGCUGACACCACAGCCAGCACUGUUCAGUACUCCUCGGUGGUGGCUCCCAGUGGUUACAAGGGUCAGACACCAAGCUGCCAGCCCCAGCAAGCUAUUUUUUCACGAUCUGAGUCCACACAGCCCCUGCUGGACUCUGAGGAGAACCCAGACAUGUUGCUGCAGGAGGGCAGCAAACAGUCCCAGCGUUUACCCCGACAGCCCUGCUUCACACACACUGCAGGGAACCAAGACAGCAUCAGCCAGCUGGAGAUGGAGAAGCAGAAGGAGCUGGAGCCUCUGGACUUCUGUCCCCUGGAAGAGGACUCAGAGCAGACACCUACAGAUGGCCAGUCAGCUGACUGGAUGCCAGCAGCAUCAGCCUCCAGCUACAUGCCUCAGCUGGGUGGCUACAGGCCACAGUAAGAACACAGACAGACAUAGAUGUGUCAUCUCUGUGAAUGGUUCUGUGCCUUUAUUAAUGUUAAAUGUUCAUUUCAAGUCUUUGAAGCAAAGAGGACUGUAUCAGUAUGUUUUUGCACUUAACCAAGUAUAAAUAGUCCUGGAUGCUUUGGGAGAGCACUGUGCAAUUUGAAUUAACGCUUCUAGCGGUAGUUUGCCGGCUUUUCACUCUCAUGGAAAAAUUACACAGCCACAUCUUUAUCUUAAAAUAAUGCCCAAAACAUUCUCCAUGUAUGUGCAGUAAAUGUCAGUUGUUCUGAAGCAUGAAGCAGUUUGAGGAGUGAUGAAGGAUGAGGAUGAGUGGAUGAAGCUGUCUGUAUGAGCAGUGACUUCCUGUAUCGUCCUCUUGUGGAGGAGUUUUAUUCCUGCAGGGAUGUUACAGUCACCUAAGCACUGUCAUUGAAUGUGCGUUAAGUAUGUUUUUAGUUUAAGUGUGUACACUGCACAUGAAUGUAAUCAUGCAACAGAGGUUCACACUGACAUGUUCAUGGUGCAAGUGCAUGGUAAAUAAAAAAUCACUUUAACUGAAAAUAUAAAAAAGACAACUGUCUUACUACAUAUCUGAGUAAUCAUUUUGCUUUUCUUUUUAUGGAUGUAAGGUCUUUAAGUUUCAUUAAAUUAACAGGAGCAUAAAUGAUUCCCGAUAAGCCAUUAGUGGUAAACAGUCAAUUUAAGAUUGGCUACAAUGUUCCUACAGUACCCAGUGUUAGUCCAUCCGUCUUACAACAGUGUUCUCACAUAAAUAGUGAAUGUGCUAUCAUUGUGAACAGAUGUGGUCCUGUGCACGCUGAGGAAGACAUGGACCUGAUAUGCCCCUUUCUACCAGUGUCCUAUCAGCUUGAUGUCUGUCGCUCUUAAGUUUGGAAGCACCCUGACAAAGGAUUUAAUCAAUCACUCACUGUGUUGCCAAACUGCUCUGAAUUAUUAUAGGACUGUAGAACUCUGGACAGAAGCUUCUAAAGCAAAUACAAAUGAAGGCAGAAAUCAGCUCGCCUGCAAAGUUUUUGAGUUUAAAACAUUCAUAGGAGUAAAGUCACUGUCAUGCUUAAUGAAACAUAGGAAACAUUGUGGACUUAAUGUUGUGCUGUUACCUUUUUCAAAGCACUAUUUUAAUGUGAACUGCUGAAGAGGUCAAGCAUUUUACUACCUGCUGCCAAAGGUUAAAGGUUUCUCUGUUUUGGAACGCAGUCAAUGAUGAUCAUAUUAAAUAAUAAAAUAUGAAAUAAAUGUUUUAACUAGUG